AUGUCGAGAAUACCACAAACUGCACCUAUACGACAGGUGCUAUACAAACAACAGAGGUUGGCACUUUUAGCAAGAGAGUCGCCGUCGUUUAGGCUGCAGUUACAAUCUGACAAACGCCAGCAAUUUCAUCAAUUUCAACAACAGCAAAAAUCAUUGACACCUCCUAGGCACCUCCUUCCACCGUUUCCACUGACACGUACCAAUUCAUGUACUCGAUUUAGUAUAAUUCCACCACUUGGUAACAAAGGUGGCGACGAUAUCACUCCAGAGGAAAAACAUGAACUUGAACAAAAGAUGAAUCUUCUGAACUUGAUUGACAAAUUGAAAACUCAAAUCCCCAAUAUACUAGAACACAACUUAUCAAAAGACUUGAUCUCCAAUAAUAUCUAUCUCCGAAUAUGUCCGUCUCAAUUUGAUGAAAAUUAUUUACCAAAAUUACACGGAACUAUAACGUAUAAUAGUGCAUGUAAGGCAAUUACAUUAUUCAUCACAUCAAUAAUACUCAGCCCCCAAGUCAAGCUCCAUAUAUCGAGCAUCAAAACAUCCAAAAAGCCCGACCCUCAAUGCAUGUUUGAUACAACUACAAAAGUGUAUGUUCGAUGGAGCACAUGCAUGCCCAAUUGUGAGCAUUUGGGAGUUCAAUCUACAUCAAAUGCCCAUUUUGGUUCGCAUAAAUGGUCACAUGAAGACACCAAGAAACUAAUGGGUACAAAUGUGUCGUUAUCGGGAUUGAUUGGGAAAUUGACAGGAGCAGUGAUGGGUGUAUCAAAAGAGAAACAAAAGGAUUUGGAGAGGGUCAUUUGUGGGGUAUUUAUAUUCGAAUUGAAUGAGGAUUGUAAUCAGAUUGUGGUGCAUACGAUUGAAAACAUGAACAUCAUUGAAAGAUUCGAGGAGGAACCUGCGAAUGCAUUGAGAGUAUGUUGA